CCUCUACGCAUGCGCGUGUUGGUUACGUCGAAGUUCGUUCUUUGUAAAACUCCUUCGUCUCCAACAGUAAAGAAUUGUAAAGAAAGUGAUUUCUGUCUGCCGUUCAUAAUUCGAAAGUUGCGAGUGUAGGCUAUAGGCAAUUUAAAUCUCACUGGAAAACAAUCAAACAGCAUGUGAGCCCCAGGAGGGGUUAAGCAGAAACUACUUUCACUUAUGAGAAGCGGAUAACAUCUCAUUUCUUUGAAGUAUUUACUUCAAUAAAACUAAAGAUGAUUGCUUCUAAAUGAACCACGUCUGGUUUUGGAAGUUGAACGUGUACAUCUGGUGUUAAACACAGUAAUUCACUGGUGUCAACAUGGACUUAUGGGAAACUGGCAUUCUCCGAAGGGAGACCAAACUAGCAGCUUAUAAAAUCUCAACAUCAACCCUUCGCAAGCAUGUGUAGAUGGUGGUUAUUUUAUUUCCUGCCUCUGUGUCUUUUAACAAGUGAAGUGUCUCUGCAGGAGACUGUUGAGGGUUUUAUUGGAGGUUCUGCUGUUUUACCUUGUUCUUCUGAAGAACCUCUGAAUACAGUUCAAGACAUUGGUCUAGUGCGCUGGACACACAGAGGUAAUAAUGUGUAUAUCAUUAUUAAUGGUCAAGUCUCUGUGGAAGAACAGGAUCCAGAGUACAAGAACAGAGUUGAAAGCUUUCCUGAGGAGUAUCUGAGAGGAAACUUCUCCAUCAAACUCAACAACCUUCAAUACACUGAUGCAGGACUAUACAAGUGUUUCAUCAGCGAGAAAUACGUAAUCAGGAGUGUUGAACUUUUCACUCAAGAGAGAGAAGCAAUGCAAAUCCCAAAUGAAGGAACCAAACCAAGACCAGAUGUGAUCGCAAUGAUAAUUUAUGUUCUGUGUAUUGGCAUGAUAUUUUCAUUGGUUAAUUCUGUCACAGCGUGUUUUUAAGGAGUUUUUGUCAUCGCUCACUUCCCAGUUCCUGUAAUCAACGUCAUCUGCACAGCUUCCUGGGAAUGUCUGUAUGGUCCUGUAGAUAUUAAUUUGUUGUUGUUCACAUCCUCAUUAAGUCUACUGAACCUUUCCCUCAGUCAUGCAGAUGCCAGCAAGCAUUGACAAGUAAAGGCUCUCUAUUAUAGAUGACCUUCUGUGGUGGAGGUAGAAGCCAAUCAUGAAUGAAAAUGUUUUAAUACAAACCAGUCCCAGGCCUCAUGGGAUGUAAUGUGGAAAGACAUUUUUUUUUAUUACCACUGCUAGGACACAUUUCACAAUACUUGAGGCACUUUCUCAAAACUCUUCACACAGUUCUCAGAAGCAGCAAAUUUCAGUUUGGCACAGAUGCUAUUUUCACACUCACAUACACUAAAACUAUAAAAACACUUCAUACUUUGUCUCAAAUUAAAUCAUUCUUCCAUAACACUAGCGACAAUUGUCACCUCAUAAAAUAAUGUAUGAUGAUUUUAGAUCAUUUUCUUUGGAAAAAAAAGAAAAGAAAGUCACGGUCAAAUUGCUGUUUGUUUUUCAAUUUGUAUAUGUUAGGUUUUGACCUUAAGUUUUACUGUAAAAGCAGUAUGUAAAAAUGCAAUUUGCUCUGUAAGUUUUUGUGUCAGAAAGGAAUUUUUGUAAUUGGAAGGUUGUAGUCGCUGAAUGUUUUCUCUGUCCUAAAGCAUUGAUAAAUAAUGCAUAGUUUAGGCCACAUAGACUGCUAUUGCAUUCAGUGUGUAAAGAGUUUUGGGAAGAAAGGGACCUGUGUAUUGAGAAAUGGUCUUAGCAAUUGGGGGGAAAACUAUGCAAUAUGAAUAUAGCGAUCUAUUGUGCUGAUAACCACCAUAAUAAUACAGGUGCUAAAUGAGAAAACCACUUCCAGAACAACCCUCCAGACAACACUGCCAAAAUUUGUCAAUAAAUGAACAUAACCUCCCAACAACAACAACAAAAAAAACUGAAAUAUUGUGCAACUUACAAAUGAGGAAUACAAGUGACCCAUCAUAAAGAGGCAAAUAAAUACAAGAAGUGCUCACAAUGGCCUGUAUCUUGAAUGAGUAUUUUGGAUAUAUUACAGAAAGGCAAGAAAGACAUAGGUCCAAUAAGACCUUAUAUAUAGUAUUAUAAAGAUUUAUUUAAACAAUAUCUUUUAUGGUAAUUUGCAUGUUUUACAGUAUUAGUCUCAGGCUGAAUCUUGUUUUCUGUCUGCAGUGCUCGAGGAUCAACACUUGUUUUUUACUGAAUGUAAAUGUUACGGAUAAGUGCACUCUCAUUUUACUGUAUACCUUUUUUUAUUCAUGGUGUUAUUAAUUUUAUUAAAUGUAUAUUGGGUUUGCAAUUUUAUAUUUCCUGUUUUGAGCAGAGUGGGCAUGGCCUUUUCAAGCACCCCUGUAGAGGGAGCACUUAUGCUGCAGUUUAUGGAGCUGCUUGUGCACAUAUGUUCCGUUGUUGCACUUCUCACAGAAAAUGUUAAAACAUACUGUUCACUGAGGAGUGUUAACACUUCUGUUUUGUGUAGCACUUUGCUAAAGAGUGACAAAGAUUUGUGCCUUAUUAGCCAUUGUAUGUUACUUACAAUUUAAAUACCUUCUGUUGUUAAAUAAUAAUUAUGAAAAAUCUGAAAUUAAAAAGAACAAAUAAGUACAGGUAUGAAAUGA